AUGGCAACUUCCAGAUGUUAUUUUGCUUUGGGAAAUGAUCGUUAUGUGCAGGUGAACGAGUGGAAAGGAGAAAUGAGAGUUGACAUUGGGGAGUGGCAAGGCGACAAAGCAACGAAGAAAGGUGCCAGUUUAACAUUAAUACGAUGGAAGGAUUUUGUAGACCAACUAACCUAUACGGAUAAAGCGUUACAAGAUAAGCAGUCCUACUGGAGUCACCUUGGAGGUAAUGCUUAUUUUAACAUUACAGAAAAUAGCGUAUGCGUGGAUAUAAGGCAGUAUUGGAAGCCCGAAAAUGAAGUGGUACCGACAAAGAAAGGCAUAUGUUUGCGACCAAAAGAGUAUAUCUGUUUGAAAGAAGUUGUGUUACAGAUAGGAAGGACGCUCCCUGAAUUAGACGCAGUGCCGAGCGAUUGGAGAGUUAACACCAUAAUUAUCACCAACGUUGUGUACAGUGCCAAUUUGGACUGUGCUAUUGACUUGAGGCGCUUGUGUUAUCGUAUAUCAAACGCUCGUUACGAUCCUAGAACAUUCCCUGGACUGAUCUGGCAACACAAGACCAUAGGAGGAUAUUGCUUAGUCUUCUCUAACGGCGUUAUCAACUGUAAUGGAAAAGCGACCAGCAUUAAGGAGGGGCGUCAAAGACUACGACGUUAUGCCAGACGUAUACAGUGUUUAGGGUAUUCAGUGUGUCUGAAAGAUAUCAAAUGUCUAACCGUGUCAGCCAGUCACACCUUAAGUACCGCCCUAGACUUAAAUCAGUUGGUAAAAGAAAGACAGAUCGUGUAUGAACCUGAGCUAUUUUCAGCUGUGAAUUUUAAAAAUGAUGGAGUCAACUUUUGUUGUUUUCACAGUGGUAAAGUGGUCAUAACUGGUAUGAAAGACCUCACUCAACUAGAUGAUGUAAUCUAUCCGGUUUUGAUUGAACUGGAACUCUACACUCGUAAGAAGUAG